AUGAGGCUGUGGAAGCAAGGGCUUGACCAAGCUCGUCCUUUGCAGGCUGUUUGGUCGUCUGUAAUCCGAACAAACACGAGACUUGCCUCCACAGUAAUGCCUGCAGCGUGUGCAUCGGGAAUGCCAGCCUUUCAUCAUCAGACUUACACCAAUAAUAAUGAUCGUCGUCAACAACUCUCUGUACGAUGGUAUUCCUCCACAACUCCUGUACCAAACAAGAGUGAAGAGGAGGAAUCCAUGUCCUUUCUGGAACGCACCAAGACUCAGACACUAUCCACUGUCAUGUCUCCCAAAGCUCAAUUCUACGCCCUCGUUGCUGGAGGGACUAUUUUUGCCUAUGGUAUUUCCCGGAUUGCGCUGAAAUUUACAUCCUUCUUUACCCAUUUGACUCCUACCACCAUUGCCAAAUGGGGAUUCUAUGCAGGAUUUGGAACUGCCGGCGUUCUUGGAGGAAUAGCGGCAGUGGUGGCGGACAAUUUGUACAUUCGAGCGGAUCCUGUCUACCAAUAUUGCAAGUACAAGGUCAUUAACGACACAAAAGUCCAAGGCGUAUUGGGAGAUGGAAUUGUCACGGGUAACUUGCGGUCCUAUCGAUUGGACGCUGGUCGUAUGGAAUUGAGAGCAGCUGUCAUGGAUAAGUUGACAACAAAGGACGCUAGUUCCGUUGGAUCCCCCACUUGGAGGCCACCUAGAAUUCAAAUGAUCUUUGAUGUGAGGGCUACUGGACCACCCUACCGUACAGGACUAGUUACAUGCGAGGCUACCAAAGUUCCCGGAAGUUUUGGACUUGGCAAGUUGCAAACUACUUUGCUGAAGGUUGAUUAUGAGACUGGCAACGAAGGUGAAGGUGGAAGUACCGAGGGGGACCAAACGUUGUUUUUGGUGGGAAGCGAAGAUGACUUGACUCGAGUAUCUCGACGUAGUGGAUUGAGCUUGGAUAUGCUGGCUCGUCAGGUACACAUCAAUCGUGCUGCGGCCGGAGAAAAAGUCUAA